GAUGUAUAUUUGAUGGUUACAUGUACUCUGAAACCAACUACAUAGUUUAACUUAAUUGCAUAGAAGACACACACACACACACACAAAGACAUACACACUUGUUAAACAAGGGAUAAACAUAAUUACUCUGUUAUAUAGACUGCAAACGGAUAAUAAUCUUAUGCUAGCGUUUAAGUAGAUUUUUACAGGUAAUAUUGUAAUCAUGGCACUAUAUCGUUUAGCGUUCUCGUAGCAUUUAGAAUUCUCGUGUACUGUAUAUGUUUUUCUCUCUGGCACAAAAACAUUUUUAAUCGGUUUUUAUUGUCACCACGUGUCACAUAGCUUGUAUUGUCACUAUGUGCCUUAUCCGAAGAUCGCUAUAUCAAAAUUUGUGUUUGAAUCUUGAUACUGCGCUCCAAAUGACAAUUCAUGGUCAUUUUUCAUCCGUAAAUAUGAUUAUUAACGCAGUGCCAAACAAAGUGUGCUGUAUGUAGUGAUAAAAUAUGUAUAUCACAAAAAAAAAAAAAAAACGAUAAUUUAUUUGUAUCAAUAUCAAACAUUGUUUUGGCAAUGAGAAGCAUUGUACUUUAUUUCAUCGCAAAAAUUUAUAAUGAUGAUGAUGAUGAUGAUGAUGAUGAUGAUUAUGUAAGACAUUUACGGAACGCUGCAGCAGUUGAAAAUGGGUAAUGGUACUUAACAUCGAUAAAGUUCCCUGAAAGAGCAGUGGGAUUUCUUUUAUAUCUCCUGAUCAAACUCAUUCUUUUAUCAUCUAUUGAAUUUUCAGUGCAAUAAACUAUUACACUUUACAAAAAUAAAAAUAAAAAAAAUUUACGAAUGCACUAAAAUUUUACUGAAGAAGUUAUAACAGGACGAAAACUCUGUGUAUUUGAGUUUAUUCUAGAAUUUUUAUAAUUUAUGAUUUACAAAAAAAAAUUUUUUUAUUUCCGCAAUCUCUAUUGUCAUAAACAUGUCGACGCUUUUGAAAAGAUUUAUACACAAUAUAGUAAUAUAUAUAAUUAUGCGGUAAAUUAAUGUUUAUAUUGUAAUUAAUAUUCGAAAAGUAAGCUUCAGAAGCAUGUAAUAGUUUAUAUCUAAAGCGUUUGCGCUUUUUGUGUGAAAUUUCAAACAAACUUCCAUAAAUAACUUCUCAUUCAUGCGCAUGUCGCUUGUGUCAUAAAUAUAUCCUAACCUAACCUAACCUAAACCUAAACUGAUUCAACCAAAUCUGACAGUUAUAACGUACUCGGCGAGUGUCAACGAUCAGCUGAUCGCAAAAUACAAACUAUAAUAGACGUUUGUGGUGUAGCAAAAUGGAAACUUGAUUAUGUACAUUCUGUAUCUCUUUACGUAAAUCUCACAAAUAAUAUCACUAUCUUCAAAUGAUAACAACUAACUAUUUCGACAAUUUAUAUAGUUCCUCACACUCUUCAUUUCAAGUCAAGUAAAAUAAAUUGAGAACAAAAAUGCAGAGAGAAACGAAGUGCGAAAAUUUAAACUGAUUGAACGGAUCUAUUUAUCGUUUACACUUCAAAACACACAAUAUCUAACUUAUAUAUAACAAAUUAAUUAGAUACUCUAUUAUAUAUAAAAUAACGAGCGCUGUGACUUGCGAUUUAACCUUGGUGAAUCCAAGACUGCUCCGAUUCGAACUCAUGACCUACCUACCAUUUAACUUUAAAUUUCACUCUCGUGGAAAAUUUUUUGUUAGAGCGAACGUGCUGAUGUUUCUGCUCGUGUCAGCAUUUGUAUUUUUGUGCGUGCAUUAUCUGUCAGCACGAAAAUGUUCACCGGACAAACGAGUUCUGGACAAUAAGCCCAAGUACAGACUGAUUGUUCUGAUCCUUAGCGGUUUGGAUAAUCUGGAACGUCGAGAUAUCAUUAGGAAGACCUGGCUCGCCGAUCAUGGCCAGGGAACUACGGCGAAGUACUUCUUCGUUCUCGGUACUCAAGAUAUUUUACCGGAGCAAAGAAACACUCUGCAAUCAGAGAAGGAGAAGUUUGACGAUCUAAUGCUACUGCCCAGAUUACAAGACUCUUAUAACACACUGACGAAAAAAGUGCUUUACGCACUCAAAGAAACUUACGAGCGCUACAACUUUGACUACUUGCUGAAGUGCGAUGACGAUUCUUAUGUCUUGGUGCACAGAAUUCUGAAGGAAUUGGACAGGUGGGAGAGCAAAGGUACUAGAAGAGAAUUAUACUGGGGCUUCUUCAACGGGCGAGCACAGGUGAAGAGAAGUGGUCCCUGGAAAGAAACAGAUUGGAUAAUGUGUGACUAUUAUUUGCCUUAUGCUCUGGGCGGCGGAUACGUCUUGUCCUACAAUCUCGUCAAGUUUAUUGCCAACAAUGCGGACAUUCUAAAGCUGUACAAUUCGGAAGAUGUCUCGGUCGGUCUGUGGUUAGCGUCGUUGGCGAAUAUCGAGAGAAAACACGACGUACGCUUCGACACGGAGUACAGAUCCCGUGGAUGUUCCAAUCAGUACAUAAUCACUCAUAAGCAGACGAUUCAAAGUAUGCGAAGUAUGCACGAGUAUUACCAAGUUUCUGGGGCGCUUUGUCCCAAAGAAAUAAGGAAUCGUAUGAGUUAUCAGUACAAUUGGACUGCACCACCUAGUCAGUGUUGCAACAGACAAUCCGGGAUCCCUUAAUAUCACGGACAGCAUAUUCUCUAGUCACACUUUUUGAUACUCGCUCAAUGUUCCAAUAUCUUGCUUCAUUCUGUAAAUAUAAAAGAACUGUAAGCAGUGCUAUAUUAAGCCAUUAGAACAUUCAUUUAGGUGCAAACAUUUUAUUUAUAUUUACUAUAAAUUUAUGUUUAUUUAUAUAUACUAUAAAUUUAUAGUUUUAAUAUUAAGUCAUUAUGUUAAUUGCGUCCACAUAAAAAUGUAUUCUAAGCAAUAUUAUUGAACAAGAGCAGAAAAGAUUUAUAGUUCUAUAAACUCCUACAAUCCUCAAUAGAUCCUUAAUUUGAAUUUUAUUUGUGGGAACGCUGUUGCAACCGUGAAAACCGCUCGUAAAUACAUUUUGCAAAUACCAGCAAUGAAUAGACAUCUAUAAAUAUGAAUACAAUGAAAUUUUAUUGAAACAUUUUAGUUAUACAUAGGAUGUACAUUUAAAAAUGUGAAACAUACAAACUGUAGUAAUUUUAUACCAAGAUUAAAACUAUAAGAAUACAAAAUGUUAAUGCGUGCGCUAAAAAAAAAAAAAAGGAUAUAAGAAUAGGGAACUAAAUUUUCUUUCAAUAAUGAAAUUUUUCCAAUUGUUCUCUGUGUUCGUACGCGCAAAAAUAUUCCACAUAUACCUUAAUACAUAAUAUAAGAAUGUUUCAGAAUUAGGCAAAAUUUUAACAAUAGCUUUCUCAUUAAUAUAAAUUUAGAAACGAGAUUUUAAUGCCAAAAUGUCGAAGCUGUUUAAAUAAAUGGAUUUAUUUUGUCGCAAGAAUGACAUCUUGGCGCAGAAACAAUAUAUUUGUGUGCUACUACUGUUAAUAGAUAAAUACAUUUUGUGUCACAUUAGAUUUAACAAGUACGAGACAAUCUUCGUGACAAGGCUUGUGAGAAAAAUCAAAAUAAAUAACAUAUAUAGAUAUAUGUAUAUAUAUAUGUAUAUUAAAAAAC